UGUAUAAUACGUACUCAUAUUAAAACUACAUUCACACCGCUGUAUUAUAAUGCGCCUGCGCUGCAUCGCAUCUAUCUUCAGUCAUUAAACGGGUAGCUAACGGAACGGUUGUUUCAUUUAUGUUGAAGUACACAACAUUUGGCGAACGCGGCGGGAUUAGUAAUUAUCCACUUAUACCUACGAGUGCUACGUUUUAGAUUCGUUUUAAAACUAAAUAUCUACCAAUGUCGACCUAUUUGGGUCAUUUACAAAAUUUUGACCACAAGAAUGGCGAGUGGCAGAUAUUCAAAGGGAAGUUGACGCAAUUUUUCAAUAUUAAUAGUGUGGACGAUAACGUGAAAAAGAUUGGGAUUUUAUUAACUCACAUCAGCGACGAAACUUACCGUUUGGCAGCGAAUUUAGCGUACCCGCAGCAGUUGGACUCACUAGGUUACGGAGAAGUCGUGGCAUUACUGGACGGCCAUUUUAAACUACGACAGUGCUCGUUUGCUGACAAGGCGAAUUUCUACGGAGCGAGUAGAAGCCCAGGCGAGUCAUUAGGAGACUGGGCGGCGCGAUUGCGAGGUCUGGCGACAUAUUGCGACUUCGGCGCCGCCUUGGAAACCAACCUAGUGGAUCGUUUUGUCCUCGGUUUGGGAUCAGGCCCGGAACGCGAUAAGCUCUUUGAACAAAGACCUUCCACGCUCACGCUGACUCGAGCUAUUGAGCUAGCGGAGCAGGCAGAAAGUGCGAAAAAGGGGAAGGUGGUACGUCCUGAAAUAGAUGCAGUGCACGUCAAGGAGGAGCCGGUGUUCCGCGCGGAAUUCCAAGGUCGCGCUAGCCGCGCCACCCCGUUUCGGUCGGGCCGCGGUGCUUUUGUCAACAACGGUGAUUCGACGAGACUUCGUGAUCCGCGAUGUCAAGUCUGUGGUCUGAAGAAUCAUCAAAGUGAUAAGUGCCGUUACAAGGGCUAUAGAUGCAAAAAGUGCGGGAUCAAGGGUCACCUUAAAAGUGUCUGUGUGCGCGAUAAUAUCGGGGUCAGUGCGGGCGUUUACCGUGUGGAAGAUGAGCCUUGUGGGGUUGACGAGGCGUGCAAGGAGUGUAAAAAUUUUAAUUUAAGGUUCCAACAACUAAGUGUGGAGGAAUGAUGUGUAUAAUACGUACUCAUAUUAAAACUACAUUCACACCGCUGUAUUAUAAUGCGCCUGCGCUGCAUCGCAUCUAUCUUCAGUCAUUAAAUGGGUAGCUAACGGAA